GGGACAUGUAGUGUUUGCGUUUCGCAGUGCAUGCGCGCUCAUCGGGCAUUUCUUCCUGGUUUAGGGACAGGUUCUCUACCAGGGGAAAGGUGAUGUCUGUCGAGGAAAGGCUAGCAACCCUGGAAUUUUUUGAGCGAUACUACCGAGUCUGUUGCGUUCCAUGUUGGAGACCAUGCACAGCCCUGUCGUCUGAGCCUGCGUAAUCCCGAGCUUCUCCAGAAAAUUGUCGGGCUUUGAGGGAAAACAUUGCUGAAGGUGCAUAUUGGAGUGGGUUUAGAGCUAUCAUGAUGGAAACAAAAUAGUCAAAAGAAAAAGUUAUUUUUAUACUAGCAUAUUGCACCUACUAGUUAUAUAUAGUUUUUUUAACCCUAAGAAAAUUUGUGAUAAAUGAACAGAUUUCUUAUUUUCUAGAUUCAUUGGUUACAAAUAUGCUUCGUCUAAGAGCGUUUUGUCCAUUCUCCUGGAGAGUGUUUCAGUUUCGGCCCUUCAGUUGUGAACCAUUAAUUAUCCAGAUGAAUAAGUGUACAGAUGAAGAGCAAAUAUUUGAUCUUAUUGAAAGAAACAAAGCCAUACUUUCAGAAAAGCAAGUGGGAUGUGCAUUUAAUAUACUUUGGCAACUUCAAAAGCAGAAGACCAGCUUGCUAAACAAUGUUGAAUGUGUCAAAGACCAUCCCCAAUUUCUUACUCUUUAUAAUUUAACUACAAAUAAAUUCAAAAUAAUGAAUGAUGAUACCCUGGUGAAUGUGUUAUACAUCACACAACAGUUUGCCAUUGAGACCCAUGACCCACUAGUUGAAGCACUAGUUACAGAAGCAUGGCGAAGACUGGAAAGGUUUGAUGUUAAUGUGCUUUCAAGAUUUUCCUCUUGCCUAGCGGAUCAGCAUUUGUAUUUUAGCCCUUUAAUGGGAAAAAUAGCUGAUAUUGUUCAUAGGAACUUGGAAACCAUACAGGACCUAAGGUUCUUGUCUACCUUGAUGGUCAACAUAUCUUUUUUAAUAUCACGACAUUUUCAAGAAAAAUUAGUGAACAGAUCAGAACUUCUUUUUGACACAAUAGGUUUUUCUGAGGUCAGCACUGCAAGAAGAAUAGUACAAUUUCUUCAAAAUGUUAAAUAUGGUUAUCAACCACUAUUAGAAAGAUGUAAUAAAGUAUUUUUAAGCAAUAUGGACCACCUUGAUUUGGAUUCCAUCAGUAAAAUACUUAGUCUAUAUCAGUUUCUACGGUUUCAUAGUUUUGAAUUUAUUACAAUGGCGAAGAAGAAGCUAACUAAGAUGAUUCCUCUGUUUGAUCACCCUGCUAGCUUUGUAAAAUUGUUUGUAGCAUUGGGACCCAUGGCAGGACCAAAAGAAAAGAAACAACUUAAAUCAACAUUAUUAUUGAUGUCAGAGGAGCUGACCAGCCAGCAAGCCCUGGCAGUGGUGGGAGCAAUGGAAGAGAUGGAAAGCAGAAAUUCACAUCUGAUUAAAAGAAUUGCUUCAGUUCUACAUAAACAUUUGGAUAACUAUAAACCAGUAGAAUUAUUGAAGAUAACUCAAGCAUUGAUUUUUCUACAUUUUCAAAGUAAGGAGCUUUUUGUGAAACUCAGAGAAUUACUGCUUAGUUAUUUAAAAAUUAGUGUCAUACCAAGCGAAAUUUCCGUUCUGGUCUGUGCCAUUUGCAUGCUUCCUUCUCCUUACCUGGAUGAAGCGGCGACAUCCCGAAUUGAAGCAGUUUUACCACAGUGUGACCUACAUGGCCUGAAUGGUUUUGCCACAUCUGUUUUAAGAUGGAUUCAGUAUGAUCACACAUAUUUGGAUAGUGGGAAACAACUGAAACUUCUUAAAAAAUUAGAUCACUAUGGUCAUCAGAGACUACAACAAAGCAACAAUUUGGAUCUGUUGUUGGAGGAACUUAAAUUUGUCAAAGGAGAUUGGCUUCCUGAAUCACUUCUUGAAGAAACAAUUGCUACUUUACAGCGUUUGAUGAAUGAAAUCAAUUACAUAAAUGUUGCAGGGAUUGCAUCUUUUAUUUCUAGAACUAACCACCUCAGUACUUUGCUGCUUGAUAGGAUAGCCUCAGUGGUUGUUCAGCAGAUUGAAAAGAUCCAUCCUUUUGCAAUCCUUGCUGUUAUUCUUCCAUUCAGUGUCUUGAACUAUGAUCCACCCCAAAGGGAUGAAUUUUUAAAAACUUGUGUGCAACAUCUUAAUUCUUACUUAGGUAGGUAUAUUCUUUCAUGA